AUGUCGGUCUGGUUCCAGGUGCCGAGGAUGCUGCUGCUGUGGUUGCUGCCGCUGGCAUGGCCCGGUGAGGGCUCCCAGCGCAGUGAACCGAUGUUCACAGCCAUCACCAGCCAUGUCCUCCCGCCCGACUACGACAGCAACCCCACGCAGCUCAACUACGGCGUGGCCGUCACCGAUGUGGACGCCGACGGGGACUUGGAGAUCGUGGUGGCAGGGUACAAUGGGCCCAACCUGGUGCUGAAGUAUGACCGGGCGCGGCAGCGGCUGGUGAACCUGGCGCGGGACGAGCGCAGCUCCCCGUACUACGCGCUGCGGGAUCGCCAGGGCAACGCCAUCGGGGUGACGGCCUGCGACAUCGACGGGGACGGGCGCGAGGAGAUCUACUUCCUCAACACCAACAAUGCCUUCUCGGGCCUGGCCACCUACACGGACAAGCUGUUCAAAUUGCGGGCCGGGCGCUGGGAGGACCUCCUGAGUGACGAGGUGAACCGGGCAGUGGCCAGCCGCUUCGCCGGGCGCUCGGUGGCCUGCGUGGACAGGGCGGGCUCCGGCCGAUACGCCAUCUACAUCGCCAACUAUGCCAACAGCAACCUGGGCCCCCACGUGCUGCUGGAGAUGGACGUGGCCGCCAGCGACCCUGCCCGUGGCAUCGUGGUGCUGACCGACGUCGCCGCCGAGGCCGGGGUCAACAAAUACACAGGUGGCCGGGGGGUGGCCGUGGGCCCCAUCGUGAGUGCCAGCGCCUCGGACAUAUUCUGCGAUAACGAGAAUGGGCCCAACUUCCUCUUCCACAACCAGGGGGACGGCAGCUUCGUCGACAUGGCUGCCAGCGCCGGCCUGGAUGACCCCUACCAGCACGGCCGUGGCGUGGCCCUGGCCGACUUCAACCGCGAUGGCAAAGUGGACAUCGUCUACGGCAACUGGAAUGGGCCCCACCGCCUCUACCUGCAGAUGAACGCCAGCGGGCGGGUCCACUUCCGGGACAUCGCCACACCCAAGUUCUCCAUGCCCUCGCCCGUCCGCACCGUCCUCGCAGCCGACUUUGACAACAACCAGGAGCUGGAGGUGUUCUUCAACAACAUCGCGUACCGGGGUUCCUCCGCCAACCGCCUCUUCCGGAUCAUCCGCAGGGAGCACUUGGACCCCGUGAUCGAGGAGCUGAACCCAGGAGACGCCAUGGAGCCCGAGGGCCGGGGCACUGGGGGUGCGGUGACUGACUUCGAUGGCGAUGGGCUGCUGGACCUGAUCCUGUCCCACGGCGAGUCCAUGGCGCAGCCGCUCUCCGUCUUCAGGGGCACCCAGGGCGCUGGCAAUAACUGGCUCCGCGUCAUCCCGCGCACCCGCUUCGGGGCCUUUGCACGGGGGGCCAGGGUGGUGCUGUUCACCCGGCACAGCGGGGCGCACCUGCGCAUCAUCGACGGUGGCUCGGGCUACCUGUGCGAGAUGGAGCCCGUGGCGCAUUUCGGCCUAGGCCGGGACGAAGCCAGCAGCCUGGAGGUGACAUGGCCGGAUGGCAGGGUCGUGACCCGGGCUGUGGCCAGCGGCGAGACCAACUCGGUGCUGGAGAUCCCCUACCCCCAGGGUGCUGAGGGGCAGCUCCCGCCCACCUCGCUGGAGUGUGGUCAGGGAUUCUCCCAGCAUGAGAACGGACGCUGUGUUGACACGGACGAGUGUGCCGAGUUCCCCUUCGUGUGCCCCCGGGAAAAGCCGCUCUGCAGCAACACGUACGGCGGGUACCGGUGCCACAGCAGCAGGCGCUGCAGCCGGGGCUUCGAGCCCAGCGAGGACGGCACGGCCUGCGUGGCGCAAGUGGCCUUUUUCGGUGGAUACCCCUCGGCAGGGAGCCGGCUCUGGGCCUGGCGCCCCCCAAGCUCCCUCCUCUCGCUGGGCCUCGGACUCUGCCUUCACUUCUAUGCACUUUAACCUUUGCCAAUGACCAGCCAGAACCAUCCUGGACUGUCUCUGCCUCCCUCUGCCCCUCCGGCCCCACUCCGCCUCUGUCUUGUCUCUCUGCCCCUUUUCCCCUACCCUGUCCAAUGCGCCUCGAAGCGCUGGCUGGGCCGGGGCCAUCUGUGAGAAGGGCAUGGAGCCACCCGGGCCACAGCAGAGCCGUGUGCCAAUCCCCCCUUGCAUGUUUUCUGAGAAGCGCCCGUGACCCGUCAGCGCCACCCCCAUGGGAGCUUGCCCUUGACAAAGAUGGUGGCUCCGGGGUUCCCCGUCACCCGUCAGUGCCCCCCCAUGGAGCUUGGCCCUUGACAAAGAUGGUAGCUCCAGGGUAGCUGCUUCCUCAGUUGAAUCGAUUCCGUAUCAUGUGCCUGCUGGUUUGGCUUACAAGGUUUGCUUCCCCUGCCCCCACCUCAGCAAUGGGCGACCCCCCCCAUC